CUCACACGGAAGUGAAGUCAGUGGACGGAGUGGUCAACAGCCUGCAGCCACUUGCUCGACAACCUGCCGAAAUGUUGUUUAGUGUGGGGUUAAUUUGUGUCGCUUUGGUCAUAUUUAUCUUUAAAUAUGUCUUCGGCAGCUCUGGGCCAAAUCCCUUUGAAACGGACACCCGUGAACCGUUGAGAAAGAUGGUUCAUGACAUGAAGGAAAAGAAUAAAGUACUGAAGCAAGGAUUCUUGGCCAGUAAAGUACCUGCAGACUUGGAUGCGGUUAUCAUCGGCAGUGGUAUUGGUGGACUUGGGUUGGCUGUGCUGCUCGCUAAAGUUGGAAAGAAAGUCCUCGUCCUGGAGCAGCAUGAUCGGGCUGGAGGCUGCUGCCACACGUUCACUGAGAAGGGCUUUGAGUUUGACGUUGGAAUUCACUACAUUGGGGAGCUCCUUGACCACAAGCCAUUCCGCUGUAUGCUGGACAACAUGACCAAUGGACAGCUGCAGUGGGAGCCUCUGGAAAAUCCUUUUGACCAAGUAGUGCUUGGACCCCCAGAAAACCGCCGCCGCUACCCAAUCUAUAGCGGCAGAACCCGCUUCCCCGAAGAGCUGAAGAAAUGCUUCCCUGGAGAGGAGAAGGCCAUUGAUGAAUACCUGAGACUGGUUAAGAAAGUCGGUCGUGGUAUUUGGUUCCUCGCUCUCCUGAAGCUCCUCCCUGCUCCUUUGGCCAAGUUCCUGGUUUACACUGGCCUUGUUAGACGUCUGUCCUUUUUCUUCGAAAUGGCCCCCCGCAGCCUGACAGAGGUGGUAAAUGGACUGACUGAGAACAAAGACCUGAGGGCUGUUUUCACCUACAUUUUUGGCACCUAUGGUAACAUGCCAAAAGAAGCCAGCUUUGCAAUGCACAGCCUGCUCACCACUCACUACCUGAACGGUGCCUGGUACCCUAAGGGUGGAGCCAGUGAGAUUUCCUACCACAUGAUCCCCAUCAUUGAGAAGGCCGGUGGAGCUGUUCUGGUUCGAGCCCCUGUCAACCGCAUCCUGUUCAACGAGGCCAAUGAAGCAAUCGGUGUGAGCGUCAUGAAAGGUCAGGAGGAAGUGCAUGUCCAUGCUCCGAUGGUGAUCUCUAAUGCCGGUAUCUUCAACACCUAUCAGAAGCUGCUGCCCAAAGAGCUUCAGAGCAUGCCAGCCAUCCAGAAGCAGCUGAGCAUGAUGAAGCACGGUGAAGGUGGUCUGAGUGUUUUUGUUGGUCUGAACGGAACAAAGGAGGAGCUGGGCCUGAAAGCAGACAACUACUGGAUCUUUACCGAGAACAACUUUGACGAACUAGUGGAGAAAUACAUGAAUGGAACAAAGGAAGAAUCUGCUAAAAGCAUUCCUCUGCUAUUUGUUGCCUCUCCAUCAGCCAAAGAUCCAACCUGGGAGGAGAGAUCACCAGGAAAGUCCACUCUGAGUCUGGUCAGCUUUGCCAACUACUCAUGGUUUGAGGAGUGGAAGGACGGAAAAGUGACAAACAGAGGAGAAGAGUACAAAGAGCUCAAACAGACCUUCAUCAAUACUACUCUGGACAUUGUGAUGGAUAUUUUCCCGAAGAUUACAAGAGAUAAGAUCGAGUACAUUGAUGCUGGAACUCCAAUCACAAACACAUACUACAUCGGAGCCCCCAAAGGUGAAAUCUACGGAGCAGAUCAUGGCAUUGGUCGCUUCAGCCCCGAACUCAGCGCCACUUUGAGACCUCAGACUCCCCUGAAGAACCUCUAUCUCACAGGUCAGGACGUGUUUUUGUGCGGCUUUGCCGGAGCUCUCGCUGGAGCUCUCACCUGCGGCUCAGUCAUUCUCAACCGCAACCUCCACCUGGACGCCGUUGGCUUGGCGAAGAGAAUCAAAUUCAUGAAUAACAAGCUGAAAGAUGAAUAAUACCCGACAACACUAAUCAGAUUGACCAUCAAUACUGUAAUUAACCAGUAGAGAAGCUUCCAUCCAAUCCACAAAUUAACCUGUGUGCAGACUUCUAGUUUUCCCUAAAGCAUAAGUUGUUGUUGUUGGUUUUACAAUUAAAGGGAAAUGGUGCAUUUUCUGCACCAACUCAUAACACUAAACUCUAAGCAUACUUAAAGUGUGCAUGCCUGCAAUAAAACAUGUUUGACCACUACAUUUUGUUUUGAUAAAAUGUUAUUAAUGUAAGAAUUGAAUGUUACAUGUCUGAGGAAGCACUUAUCAGAGCUAACAGUACCUCAACUGUGGAUGCAGAUGCUUUAGUUAUCUGUUAAUUAUGCUGAAGUUCAUGUGCAUUGCUGUGUUUUAUUUUAUUCUAAAUUGCCUUUGGACUUCAGUGCCUGAAAUAUAUAUGAAUUGCAGUUUAUAACAGACUUGCAAAGGUUGCUCCCUUUGAAUAUUAAAGGAUACAAACAAGGAA